AUGCCGAAGAGAACUACGCAUACGUACUCAAGCGAGGACGCGGCUCCGGAGGGCCCUCACUCCGAUCUCUUCGUUUAUUACUGCAAACACUGCGGUUCCCACGUCCUUAUUACUGAUACCCAAUUGCAGAAAAUGCCGAAAAGGAAAACCGACAAAGCCUAUGUACUCGACAAGACCAAACAUCUUGCCCGAUUCAACGUUCACCAUGCCGGAAAAGUUCUCUUGAAGAGGGGCGAGGGCAAAUUGGAGAAGCAAUUCCGCAUGAACUGUAUGGGCUGUGGUCUUUUCGUUUGUUAUCGCGCCGACCAGGAUUUUGACCUUUCCUCUCUUAUUUAUGUUCUUGAUGGUGCCCUCAGUACUGUUGCUGCCGAAACCAACCCUCAGGAUGCCCCCGUUCCACCCUGUAUUUCCCAGCUUGAAGGAGGGCUUGUUCAGGUUGCUAUAGAGGUUGAAGAUCGUGCACAACGUUCAGCAAUCACCAGAGUAAACGCUGAUGAUGUUCGAGUCACUGUUGCUGCACCUGCUGCCCGUGGAGAGGCUAACAACGAACUUUUGGAAUUUAUGGGAAAAGUUUUGGGUUUGAGAUUGAGUCAGAUGACUCUUCAGAGAGGAUGGAAUAACAAAUCAAAGCUUCUUGUGGUGGAGGAUUUGACUGCUAGACAAGUUUAUGAGAAACUUUUGGAGGCUGUGCAACCUUAA